GGGGCCGGCCUCACACUGGAGCGGCGGCGGCGGCGGCAGGAUGAGCGCAGGCCCGGACCCCGUGGUUAUCGUCUCGGCGGCGCGGACCGCCAUCGGCUCCUUCAAUGGCUCCUUAUCUACUGUUCCUGUCCAUGACUUGGGUGCGGUUGUCAUCAAAGAAGUCCUGAAGAGGGCUAGUGUGGCUCCAGCUGAGGUGUCUGAGGUCAUAUUUGGACAUGUUUUAACAGCAGGUUGUGGGCAGAAUCCUGUUCGACAAGCCAGUGUGGGAGCAGGAAUCCCCUACCUUGUUCCGGCUUGGAGCUGCCAGAUGAUCUGUGGGUCAGGCCUGAAAGCUGUGUGCCUUGCAGCCCAGUCAAUCGGGGUAGGAGACUCCAGCAUUGUGGUUGCAGGAGGCAUGGAAAAUAUGAGCAAGGCUCCUCAUCUGGUUCACUUGAGAACAGGAGUCAGGCUAGGUGAGACGCCUCUGACUGACAGUAUACUCUGUGACGGUCUUACAGAUGCAUUUCACGACUAUCACAUGGGUGUUACAGCUGAAAAUGUAGCCAAAAAAUGGCAAGUGAGUAGAGAAGAUCAAGACAAGUUGGCAGUUCUGUCCCAAAACAGGACAGAGAAUGCACAGAAGGCUGGCCACUUUAACAAAGAGAUUGUGCCAGUGUUUGUCUCCUCAAGAAAAGGUCUUACUGAAGUUAAAGUAGAUGAAUUUCCUCGACCGGGGAGCAACAUGGAGGCAGUAUCCAAGCUCAAGCCCUACUUUAUUACAGAUGGAACAGGCACUGUUACUCCAGCUAAUGCUUCAGGAAUGAAUGAUGGUGCCGCUGCUGUGGUCCUUAUGAGUAAGUCCACAGCUGUCAAUCGUGGACUGGCACCUUUAGCAGAGAUAGUUUCUUGGUCACAAGUAGGUGUAGACCCUUCUGUUAUGGGAACAGGACCAAUCCCAGCAAUACGGCAAGCUGUCUCGAAAGCUGGCUGGUCACUGGAGGAUGUUGAUACCUUUGAAGUCAAUGAAGCCUUUGCAGUCUUCUCUGUAGUAAUAGCUAAAGAGCUGGGAUUAAGCCCAGAAAAGAUCAACAUCCAAGGUGGGGCCAUAGCCUUGGGUCACCCCCUUGGGGCAUCUGGUUGUCGGAUUCUUGUGACACUGUUACACACCCUGGAGAGAACCGGUGGGCGGCGUGGAGUUGCUGCCCUGUGCAUUGGUGGGGGGAUGGGUAUAGCAAUGUGUGUUCAGAGAGGAUGAAACUUGUUUUUAACCUCACCUACCUGUGUAAACAGAUCCAACAACCACCCAAGGCAUGACAGCAUUAUAAUUUUAAUGUGAACCUAAUACUUGACCAGUGCAUCUAACAAAUUUAUAAAUAAAGAAAGCACAUCAGCCAUCAA